AAUUCGAUAAGACACAACUUGUCCUUGAACAAAUGUUUCGUGAAACAUCCGAGAUCAAAAGACGAACCAGGCAAAGGAGGUUUCUGGAAGUUGGAUUUAGAACGACUUGAAGAGUCACGAAGAUCAAAAAGAAGAUCUAGCCUCACUGUAAGGGCACCGAGAAAUCGACUUCCUGAAGAAAAAUUAUCGAAACAACCAAGAAAAAUCAAAAGGUAUCGAACAACACAAAAAACGGGAGAAAGGAAGCAUAAUAUUCUCUCCAAUAUUUCGAUUUGCGGAGAAACAGACAUCGAAAACUUCGAAGAAACAAAGAAGAGGGAGAAGAAAACUGAAAAGAAACCACAGAAAACUUCAGAAGCCAAAAACGUGAAAGUCAGAGACGCCGAAUCGAAUGACAACAAUAACAUCCCUGAUAAUUUCAUUCCAGAAUCAAUGCCAAAUCAAUCAGUGAUAACAGAACCAGUUAAUCAAAUGCUCGGUGAGGACGAACUCACAGGUUUGUUACUAGCCACCAAAGGGUGGGAUGAUUGCCAACUUGAACUUUUAGAUUCUUUGUUAGAUUCACUCUAAUCAUUAGUCUGAGGAUGAAUGGUGUGUGUAAUGGAUUUGUAAUUUUAUCGUUUGAUAAGAAGAAGGUAGGAAUCGCUCACCUUUUGUGGUGUUUUGAGAUUAAAAAGAGAAAUAUAACCUCGAAAAUAGGUCUCAACCUAAAGCAGAUUAAGGUUCUAGAAAAAAACGAACAAUAUUUAUGGGCUUUAU